AUGUCAGAGGAGAUGCAGCAGGACGCAGUGGAGUGCGCCACGCAGGCUCUGGAGAAGUACAACAUCGAGAAAGACAUCGCUGCAUACAUCAAGAAGGUACCCACCCGACACUUACCUAUUCAAUUACGUUCAUGGUCUGAAUGACUCCCUGCCUAUUCCCCAUACGGAGCAGUGUGACUCUUGCCAAAAGUUCGUCUCUGGGGGGAUUGAUUCGUGAUGUGGCUAUCCAUAUUUUACGAUUGUCUAAAAUAUUGUUUGACGCUCAAACGAUCCCGUUGAAUUGCAUACAUGGGGAAAGGGAUGUUAUCCCAGGCAUUGGUAUAACAUUGAGUUCAAGUAGUUAGACCUUCAUACUAAAUAAUGUUAGCUGCCUGACUUACAAUUUGACUUGGAUUUAUAGUAAAGCAGUAACUUCUAUGACAUUUACAACAGUGGUGCAGGGUCACUGUUGGAUUGUAAAAAUAAAAAUAUAUAUAACUAUUUAGGGAGGAAACCAUUAUACAGUAAUGGUUUCCUCAUUGAUCCCUAUUAAUCACUGCAUUCCUGUCUCUGCCCCUCCCAGGAGUUUGACAAGAAGUACAACCCCACCUGGCAUUGCAUUGUAGGGAGGAACUUUGGCAGCUAUGUGACCCAUGAGACCAAGCAUUUCAUCUACUUCUACUUGGGCCAGGUGGCCAUUCUGCUCUUCAAGUCUGGCUGA